AUGCCAAGAUCACAAGAAAUUCGGGAAGAGAAAGUCAAAUUCUUGAAGACAUACCCAGACCCUCGUCCGUUGAACUUCUUUGUGGAGUUCAAAUACCGAAAAAGGUUAGCUGGCUAUAAUGAUUAUAGUUUAUGUUUGGACAACGCGUUAAAAGAUGCUCCUGAAUCGGAAAAGCUGUUGGAUUUACGAAAAAAUUUUAAUGGUAAUGACUAUAAAGACGACUGGAAGCAAUAUGAGGAUUGGAAGAAGAAUGAAAAAAUCAAUGACAAGAUAAAAAAAAGAAAACGGGAGACACAUGCUUCAUUUCAUAAACUAUUAGACGAUGGUAUCGAUGGUGGAAAAUCGGUUCAUGAUCAGAAGAGAAAACGAACCAACGAAAACCCGACGGAAAACGAGGACAUCGGUAUUGAGGAUGUGGAUAAUAGUGAAAAUGAAGUGGGAAAAUUUAAUGAGGCGAUAGUAGAUGUCUUAGGGAAUGCCGUUGAAUACUCGGAAUUAGCGGAAAAAAUUUGUUCGAUUUAUACGGAAAAAUAUCCUGAUGGAGAUUUGAUCGACCUUCGCCCAUGUUCAUCUUUCUUCAAAAUGCUUCCAAGAUCGAUAGCAAAGUCAUACCUAUCAAAAAUGGACAUUAUAACGGAAUCGUUAAUUCCUGAUGAUGUGCACCAAUUCCUAGUACAAUUCUUCUCACAAAAUAUUUCUGAUAACGAUUGGCAAAUUAAAAUUGAUGAUUUACGAUCCUCAGAGCAAAACAAUCUAAUUACUGCACUAGUACGAAUUUUACGUCGUACAUUACCACAGUUCGUGAAAGCGUUUUCACUUGGAGCUCAAAAUCCUCUUCAAAGCAUUGCAACAAUCGAGCAAGCGCACCUUAACGCGUUUGUUCAUCCAUGCCUAGAUAGUGCUUUAUGGAACGUAGCGAAAAUACAUUACGAGUAUGGCGAGAUUCCCUCGAAAAACCAUAUUAAUAAGAACCGUGCAGAUGGCGUUGGUUUUAUGACCAACGCUGAUAAAUUCCAAAUUGUAUAUGUGGAAGGCUCCAAGCCAGUUGCGAAGCAAGAUAAAGAAAUCGCUGACGCUUAA